AUGGCUCAGUCUCUUCCCUCGACCCCUAAAUCGGCCUCUGCGCCCGCCCCCCAGCCCGAUGAAUCUCGGACACCUGGGAAGUGGCGUCAUCCUCAGAUGGAUGAGAUUGUCCGGCGACAGAAUGCUGGAACAUUCGGCGACCGCAACAUCAAGAAAUUGGUGUGGAAUGGGGGCGCCCUGUUUGCUACUUGGGUGUUUGGAAACUCCUUCAAAUCAUAUUCACUUCGUCUCCAAAAGAGCAGCAAGGUUGCGACCUACCCCGACGUGACGCUGCUCAUUCUACAACUCAUUUUCGUCAUGAACAUCGUCAUCGCAUUGUAUCCCCUCUUCCGACCGAAAGACGAUCUCUCCGAUAUCCCUCUGACGCCUACACAACGUUCGCUUCUUGGGCUGGAUCCCUCUGUUACCCCUCCGGUCACACCGGGAACGACAUACAUUACCCCACCGAAGUAUCGGUUGUCUGCCUCCCGCACGGCGAGCCCUGCUAGCAAAACCGGCUCCCCUCUGUCCAGAAGCGCCAGCGCUUCCGGGCACCGGUUAUCGUCCGGCGGGUCCUUUUCCCCGUCGAGUAGCCCGUUAUUUCACAAAGCGAUUGCCAACGGAGGAAGAGAUAGUGGUCGGAGACCCAGCUUCGGGUCGUCAUCGCUGUUCGAUCGGAGCUCGCCCUUUCGAGAGUCAAGUAUCGGGCCUGCCACUCCAUCUCCUAUGGGAGGCAAGCGUUUCUGGGAGCUCCCGGAGACGACAGAAGAUGUGUUCAGCUUGUUCACCCCCGCGGAUAUACGGCGCACGCGCGACCAUGCGUUAUCAAACUUUGAGACCUUGUUACUCUCGAUAACAUCACGCUUGACCGUCCUGAAAAAUCAUCCGUCCUUUCCCGACCCCGAAUUGGCCCCCGAUCGGGACGCGCUGAACUGCAUACGCAUUCUCACCCGUGUCCUUCCCUUCAUAUACGAAGCCGAACACCUGGAGGAAUGGGAGGAGAAGUUCUUUUGGGCUCGUCGGAAACGAAAGACAAGAGAAGCCCAAGUGGCUACGGAGGUGUUGUUCGACGAGGCGCAGGCGGAAGGUCGCGACCGAGCCUCACCCCGAGCCAGCGACUACGAGGAUGUGAAGCCGUUAGCGGAGGAGUUGAUCGACACCCUGCUUGACCUUCUCUUUUUCACGGACUUUACCAUUCCGAAACUCCCGACCGCAAAGAGCAAAGUCUCCUACUCAAUAUGGCAGAGUGGUGUUGGCUGCAACACGUCCAUGGGCUCGAAUAAGGAGCUGGAGAACAACCGUUGUGAGGUACUUCGGCUGCUGUUGACUCUGACAGGAAAGGCGAUGUAUAUGCCAUCGAGUCUGCUGCCCGUGCAAGGCGUCAAGGCCAUCACUUACAUUGCGACAUGCCCCGACAAGCAAGCUGUGUUAACGUUGCUGUGCUCUUUGUUAAACACUGCUGUGAAAUACAAUCCCGCUUCUUGGAGGGUACCAUACGAUCACGUUGUAUGGAAGGAUCCCAAGCAGAUCUUGGUCAUCUAUUGCUUGCAGUUUUUACUAGUGCUCCUCCUAUACCCGGUCCCAGAAGAUGGUCGAGGAAGCCCACCGAAGAACUACUACCGCCACUACUUCGGUCGACUACAUCGGCCGCAAGACUUUCAAUUCUUAGUUGAUGGCAUGACGAGGAUCCUGAAUCAGCCGAUGCAAGCGACAAAUACAUACCUUCCCGGGAGUCAGAAAACCGUCAAAUGGGCGCCGGAGAUGCUCAUUCUUUUCUGGGAAGCAUUGCAAUGCAACAAACGAUUCCGGUCAUUCAUCAUCGAUUCGAACCGCUCACAUGAUUUUGUGAUCCUUUGCAUUUUCUACGCCAUUGAAUACAAGUCCGACCCAUCCAAACACGGCCUGGUUAGAAUGUGCAUCUUCAUUUUGCAGACAAUCAGCGUGAAGCCCAAUUUCGGAAAGAGCUUGAACAUGGAAUUUGAAGCACAAGAUACUCUGCCGCAGAGUAUACGCAUUCCCGGUUUCAAGGGGUCUUACGCGGAUUAUCUGAUUAUGUCCGUCCACACUCUGAUCACAUCGAGCAAGGGCACACUAACUGCUGUGUAUCCGGCCUUGCUUGCCAUCUUGAACAACAUAGCAGCUUAUGUCGAGCACCUCUCACCAGCUGCAUGUUCAAAGAUCCUUCAGCUUUUUACCUCAAUGUCGGCGCCUAGUUUCCUGCUAGCUAACGAGUCCAACCAUCUACUGCUUGCCGCGGUGCUUGACUCUAUUAAUUCCAUCUUGGAACAUAGAUUCACAGAAAAUCCGUUCCUUGUGUACGUGAUCCUGAAGUAUCGCAAGCGCUUUGAAGCAGUCCGGGAGUUCACUCUUGAGAGCGGGCAGCAAGAGAUCGAGCGACAAAACGAAAGACGAAAGGCCGAAGGUAACUCUCAGGAGUUUGCCUCCAGUCCUGUCUUAUCUCCGUCUGAAGAAGACCCUCACGCUUCCUCCGGCGCCCGGUCCCCAUUGGGGCGUAUCCCAGAAGAGAAUAGUCCCUUCUCUAUUGGGGGAGACGAUUCUGAGGAUGAAAGAGAAGAGGAGCAAAAGGCACCUUCACAGGCAUCUCAGUCCGUUCAGAGCUCUCGAAGGCCCUCUAUGUCAUCUAUGGUUGAUGAGAGUGUGCCCCUUCAGAUACGUGGAAUGUCUGAGAAAGCACGAGGCAAGAUGCCUGCUGGACAGCCUUCGUUCUCCAGGCAAAAUAGUAUGACAAGUCAAAGCAGCAUGUCGGCGGCGCUCUUGACGUCUCCUUCUGGUUUCACGCCAACUGUCGCCUGGCUCGAAUCAUGGCUCCCGGAGCUACCGUUACACACCAUUCUCACGAUCAUUUCUGCCAUCACACCUCAUGUUCCUGAGUCCGCCUUCCGAAGCGCGUCUUCGCCUGAAGCGCGCACGUUGAUUGCCAACCUUCCCUCCUUCACGGAAGAUCCCGCAAUACAUAACAUUAUCUCUGAGCCCUCUGCACCCCGAGUGCACUCGUUCGAAUGGUCCGCUCUCUCGAUGGGCUGGUAUGAGUCCUUGCUCUGGGGAUUUAUCUUCUCUAGUGAGAUGGUUGUCGGAUCCGCCUCAGGGGCGACACCGGGUACGGUCGGGGUUUGGAAUGGAACGGUGGUCAAGCUGUUCAAGGUGCAAGAAGCUGCUGCGCAGGGACCAACGUUACUUGCGCCAAAGGGGGCAGUUGAUGCGGUUGGAAGCAACCUAGUGCAACGCAUUGGGAAUCUGAGCCUACGGCGAACCAGUACACAAGAUUCGCAGGGCAGUUCUCGGCCAGCCUCUAUUCGGGAGGUGUAA